GUUCUCAGCUCACACAUUUCUAUAUGAACCACAGUCUCCCUACUCGUUCUCUUGAAUUCACAUCUUCUCUGCUUCUCUUCUCACUUUUUUGUAAACUCUGAACUCAAAAAAACAUCCAGCCGAAUGGGAAAGAAUUCUUUCAACGACUGGGUUAAUCAGAAGAUACACUCCUUGUCCUUAGACCCAGAUCAUCACCAACCUCAGAGCUCCAAUGGCGACGUUGUUCCACCCAUUGCCUCUUUCUACAAUGAAACGAUCCGACCAAUUCUUGACGCUGUCGAAAACCUCAGACGUCUGAACAUUACCAAAGAAGGUAUCCAGCUCCCGAGCAUUGUCGUCGUCGGUGACCAGUCUUCUGGCAAGUCCAGUGUCUUGGAAUCUCUCGCAGGAAUCAGUUUACCACGUGGGCACGGAAUCUGCACGAGGGUGCCCUUGAUUAUGAGGCUCCAGAACCACCCUGUACCGGAGCCGGAGCUUGUGUUGGAGUAUAACAACACAGCCAUGUCAACAGAUGAAGAAAAUGUCUCUGAUGCUAUAAACACAGCCACUGAAGAACUUGCAGGGAGGUCCAAAGGGAUUUGCAACACCCCAUUGACUUUGGUGGUUAAGAAGGAUGGUGUUCCCGAUCUCACCAUGGUGGAUCUUCCAGGCAUAACCAGAGUUCCUGUUCAUGGACAGCCUGAGGACAUUUAUGACCAGAUCAAAGACAUAAUCAUGGAGUAUAUCAAACCGGAAGAAACUAUCAUUCUGAAUGUUCUAUCAGCUACUGUUGACUUUCCAACCUGUGAAUCCAUUAGGUUGUCACAGAGUGUUGAUAGAACUGGUUUGAGAACUCUGGCCGUAGUAACAAAAGCAGAUAAGGCCCCUGAAGGAUUGAAAGAAAAGGUUACUGCUGAUGAUGUAAACAUCGGACUUGGUUAUAUCUGUGUCAGGAAUCGAAUUAACGAUGAGUCUUAUGAAGAUGCUAGAAAAGAGGAAGCUAUGUUGUUUCGGAAUCACCCUCUUCUGUCAAAGAUAGACAAAUCCAUGGUGGGUGUACCAGUUUUGGCUCAGAGGCUGGUUCGGCUUCAAGCUUCAAUUAUUUCGAAAACACUACCUGAGAUGUUGAGAAAAAUCAACGAGAAGCUCAAUUCUCAGCUUUCUGAGCUAGAAAGCUUGCCAAAGAACCUGACUUGUGCUGCUGAUGCUAUGGCUGCCUUCAUGCAUAUAAUUGGAUUAGUGAAAGAGUCACUAAAGAAAAUUCUAAUCAGAGGAGAAUUUGAUGAGUACCCAGAAGACAAAAACAUGCAUUGUACUGCUCGUUUGGUUGAGAAGCUCAACGAGCACUCAAAGGAUCUCCACGAAUCUCCAGAAGGCAACCGCACAGAGAAGUUCCUCAUGGAUGAAAUAAUGCUUUUGGAGGAAGCCAAGGGGAUAGGCCUCCCAAACUUUAUGCCUCGCACAGCUUUUCUGGCAUUAUUAAAGAGGAAAGUCGGAGGAAUCUCAUCGAGACCCAUUCAAUUCAUUGAUGAUGUGUGGGACUAUCUGGAAAAAGUGGUGAUCGGAGUCAUAAAUCGUCAUUCAGAACACUACUACCAACUUCAGAGAUGUACAUGCAGAGCGGGAGAAAAUCUAAUCUUGAGAAUGAGAGAGAAUUCAAAGAAGCAUGUAAAGGAGGCUAUUGAAAUGGAAAAGCUGACAGAUUACACGUGUAAGCAUGAGUACAUGACUGAAUACAGUAAUCUGAUGGCUCAUCAGUCCUCUUUCGUUGAACUUGUGCUCCAAGGUCAUAGUGUUGCAAAUAUUAAUGGUCUUGGAAACAACAUAGAGAUCGGUCAUCUGGGACGAUACAUGGAAGUGCUGAACGAAGCUUGUGACCUGAAGAUGAGAAUGAUGGCUUAUUGGAGGAUUGUGCUGAGGAGGAUGAUUGAUACCAUGGCCCUGCAUCUGCAGUUUAGCAUUAACAAUCUGGUAGAGAGGGAGUUGGAGAAGGAAAUCACUGCUUGUUUUACGUCUCCAAGUUUCGGAGGAAUUGAAAGCUUGUUAAAGGAGUCACCUUCCAUGGCUGGCAAGCGUGCCACACUCAAUCGAAGUGUUGAAGUUUUGAGAGAAAGCAAGGAGGUAGUGUCUAACAUUAUGGACAGCAUUUCUAGUUCCUAAGAUCAAUUGUUGUCCGUCUAUUUUAUGUAUCUAUAUAUCACUUUCUGCUUGUUUCUAUAAUAUUUCUCUGUUUUAGUCUGAAGUGACGGUGUCGUUCCAGUUUUCUCACCAGGUCCUUGAAAAGCAACAUCAGUGCUUUUAAUUAGUCAAAUGUUCUAGCUAGCUAAGUCCUUGCACAUGUCCGUGAUUAAAAUCAAUUAAGACUGCUUAAUGCA